UGGUGGUGCGCGCCUGUAGUCCCAGCUACUCAGGAGGCGGAGGCAGGAGAAUUGCUUGAACCUGGGAGACGGAGGUUGCAGUGAGCCGAGAUUGCCCCACUGCACUCCAGCCUGGGUGACAGAGGGAGACUCCAUCUCAAAAAAAAAAAAAAGUACAGGUUCAAAUUUCAUUAAAAUUUUUUUCCAUGCCCCUUCUCUGAUGGUAGGAUGAUAGGGGAUGAGUAAAAUAUCAAAGACAACUAAAAAUUCCUAAACUAGAUCCUCGGGUCCCAAAGAAGUGUUAACCAUGGAGUGCCGCCAUCUUCUGAGGUUGGUGCUUCCUGGCACAGGCUCUUGGAACAUUCUGGACUGUCUGACAUUCCUUUUACUCGCUUUAGAACCUAAAGAUGUUGCUGGGGGAAAAGGGAGCUAGGGAGAGGGAAGGGGAAGGAUGUGGGAUAAGGCAUAAACUGCUUUUGGGAAAAAAACAACCAGUAAUUUCCUUGAUGGGGUUUUUGCUUGACUUUAAAAUGCAGUAAGCUUUUAGGAAGCUUGAUGGAGCCUGUGUUUCUACCAUUAGUGCUGCAUUUGUUUGGCUUAAGAUUUCAUUAAGCUUCUUAAAAUGGAGAUACUUCUGGAACUCAAAUGGCUACUGAGCAGGGAAUGGCAAAUCAGUGACACUGUAGGAAGUGGAGGGAUUUUGGCAAACUAGAGAACACACCUUCCACAGGGGCAGCCACUGCUCUGCUGGGCCCGCUGUUCAUCUGCAGGGACGUGCAUCUUGGGAUUAUUUCCAAAGUCAGAACUCAGCAUUUUUAUGAGAAAUGUCAUGAUUUUUAAGGUCUUAACAAGUUAUCCCACAUUAAAAAAAUAAUAAUAAACCGGGCCGGGCGCAGUGGCUCACGCCUGUAGUCCCAACAUUUUCGGAGGCUGAGGUGGGUGGAUCAUGAGGUCAGGCGUUCGAGACCAUUAUGGCCAACAUGGUGAAACACCGUCUCUACUUAAAAUACAAAAAUUAGCUGGGCAUGGUGGCCGGCGCCUGUAAUCCCAGCUACUAGGGAGGCUGAGGCAGGAGAAUCGCUUGAACCUGGGAGGCGGAGGAGGUUGCAGUGAACUGAGAUUGUACCCAGCCUGGGCAACAGGGCGAGGCUCCGUCUCAAAAAAAGCAAAAAACAGAAAAACACAAAAACACAAAAACGACAGAGAAGGCCAAACAAAACACAUCUGUGGGCUGGAUGCCACCAUGCCCACCGGUUUGCGACCUUUGUGUUGGACUCUUCUGUUCACCAGACACCCUGCCCUGCGAGAAUGUAUCUCAUCCUUUGCUGGAGCAGGUUUGCAGGCACAGUGGAGAGAGGAGAGAAGAAAUGAAGGGACACUUAGGCAGAACCAUGAGUGGCCAGAGAGGAGGAGAAGGAGGGUGAGAGGAGCAAAGAGGCCAUGACAACUUCAUAAUUCUGAGUGGACUGGGCAGUGGCCAGAAAUUCUGGUGGUGGAUAUGCUGCCUUUCCAACAGGUGAAUAUGAAAGAACAAGUCAAACCCUGUUCAGGACGCUGUUAAUUCCAAAUGUGAACUUUUUGAGUCAUUCUUUCCAUGUGGAAUUCAAAGGAGAAUGUAAACAAAUUUUCAGGAGGGACGUGCAAUAUCCCUGAAAGAUAACAAAGUUUGUAACACUUAUUUACAUACAACAUUCUCUAGUUAUUGAUUAAACAGAUCUCUACAGACUUGCAUGAGGCAACAUUUCUUAGGCUUGUUUGCUACAAUAUCUUUAAAAAUACUUGAUUACACAUCACUUUAGCUUGUUUAGAUGGACUUUUCACCAAGCUCUGAACUGGGAUUUCAUUGUGUUGCAUUCAUCCUGCUCACGAGACACAGGACAGCCUUUCCUGCCUCAGGGAAGAAGAGAGAGACAGGCUACAGUGAUGGAGACCCACUAGAUGUGCACAAGAGGCUGCCAUCCAGUGCUGGAGAGGACCGAGCCGUGAUGCUGGGGUUUGCCAUGAUGGGCUUCUCAGUCCUAAUGUUCUUCUUGCUCGGAACAACCAUUCUAAAGCCUUUUAUGCUCAGCAUUCAGAGAGAAGAAUCGACCUGCACUGCCAUCCACACAGAUAUCAUGGAUGACUGGCUGGACUGUGCCUUCACCUGUGGUGUGCACUGCCGCGGUCAGGGGAAGUACCCGUGUCUUCGGGUGUUUGUGAACCUCAGCCAUUCAGGUCAGAAAGCUCUCCUACAUUAUAAUGAAGAGGCUGUCCAGAUAAAUCCCAAGUGCUUUUACACACCUAAGUGCCACCAAGAUAGAAAUGAUUUGCUCAACAGUGCUCUGGACAUAAAAGAAUUCUUCGAUCACAAAAAUGGAACCCCCUUUUCAUGCUUCUACAGUCCAGCCAGCCAAUCUGAAGAUGUCAUUCUUAUAAAAAAGUAUGACCAAAUGGCUAUCUUCCACUGUGUAUUUUGGCCUUCACUGACUCUGCUAGGUGGUGCCCUGAUUGUUGGCAUGGUGAGAUUAACACAACACCUGUCCUUACUGUGUGAAAAAUAUAGCACUGUAGUCAGAGAUGAGGUAGGUGGAAAAGUACCUUAUAUAGAACAGCAUCAGUUCAAACUGUGCAGUAUGAGGAGGAGCAAAGGAAGGAGCAGAGAAAUCUUAAGACGGUGGCCAAAUUAAAGUGCUGGCCUUCAGAUGUCUGUGAUUUCUGCAACUGAGGACCUAAUUAUGCCUGUCUGCAAACUAACAAUGUAAAAGGUAAUAAUUAAAGUAUCAUAUUUUCAUGUGGGAAAAAAUUUAAAAGCCUCAUUUUGUAUUCUAUUUAUUUCUAUAAAUACAUACAAAUUCACCAUCUUUUCUAAUCCCAAUCUCUUUCCAAAUGAGCUAAGGAAGCACUUUUUUUUUUCCUGUAUAGCAAAAUGAGUUCAAGAUAUUCUUUGCCUAAUUUCAGCUCUAGCUAGAACCAGUCAAUAUGGAAAUAAACAAUGAGGGCAUCUAACCUACUGAACACUGAACCAUCAGCCUAACUCUAUGCAAUAUGGUCAUACUAAAAUAUUUCUCAUAAUAAAGUUCUUAACAGUUCGUUCACUAUACGAAGAUAAAAAUCUGGUAGAAAACUUAAGAAAACAUGGACCUAACAUAUUUAUUAUAGUUUUGUUUUUUUUUUCCUUUUUGAGAUGGAGUUUUGCUCUUGUCGCUCAGGCUGGAGCACAGUGGCGCAAUCUUGGCUCACUGUGACCUCUGCCUCCUGGGUUCAAGCAAUUCUCUUGCUUCAGCUUCCUAAGUAGCUGGGAUUACAGGUGUGCACCACCAUGCCCAGCUAAUUUUUGUAUUUUUAGUGUAGACAGGGUUUCACCAUGUUGGUCAGGCUGGUCUUGAACUCCUGACUUCAGGUGAUUUGCCCGCCUCGGCCUCCCAAAGUGCUGGGAUUACAGGCGUGAGCCACUGCGCCUGGCUUUAGUUUGUUCUUUACCAGUCUAGCCAGCAGAGGAAAGCUGCUGCCUAGAAAAUUCACUAAGUUUAGAGUUACUAGUAUUUAGCCUUGUCAUGUACCAUGUAAUUUUUCUUUCAGUAACAUUUUUCUAGUUAAUUAAGCUUUUCAUAAGCUCAUUUCACUUUGUGCACUUUCUGGUGGGAAAAAAUGGGCCAGAAAUAUGAAGAAGCUAUACUGGAUUUCAACAUUCAUCUCAGAUGAUCCACAUCGUAUUAGGCUGGUGCAAAAGUAAUUCCAGUUUUUGCUGUUAACUUUUAAUGGCGAAAAACCGCAAUUAUUUUUGCAUCAACCUAAUAGAAAAGUCCCACAUGGAUAGUCAACAAUUGUCUGUACUUUAAUUAAUGAAUCAACCGUGGUUAUUAAAUGAUGUCAUAAGGCUCUCAACAAAUGCUUUCCAGAUUGAUUAAGCCGAAUCUAUGAGUGGAAAAGAGAUUUUGGUCUGAUUUUCCAAAGUGCCUCAAAGUAUCUUUAAAAUUUUAUUAUACUCAAAAAUCUUAAAUUAUGGACAGUAGAAUGAGACAUUUGAAGCUACUUUUGUAUGUAGAUAUAAUCAAACAAAAAACUGAUUCUAAGUUUAAUCCCUUUUAGCAAUUAAUUUUGACACAUAUUACUAAAUUAGCUGAAUACAGCAAUAUUGACUUGAUCAGUAAUGAAUAAUCUUGGUGUUUUCCUUUCUAGUGUGCAAUGGUGGAAAGAACAUGUGUCUCAGAGUAGGAUUUAUUUGACUUCGUAGGCCAUAAUUACAACUUUGGGCAAAUAAGCUAACCUGUGUAAACCUUUCUUUUCUCAUCUAUAAAAUGGGGAUAACCUGUUCUUUCACGCAGUUAUUUUAUGGAAUAAGCAAAGUAGGGCAUGUGAAACACUUUAGCUUGGCUUCUAGCAUCUAGUAGCAGUGCUCAAAAAUGUUAGA